AAAUGGGGACUGAGAAUAAGGUGAUUCUCAAGGAAAAAAUCUCUGAAGAAUAUGACCCACAAGGGACAAUGUUAGAAAAACUUCCAAAGGUCAUUUACAAGGGUCAUACGAUUGGAGCAGUAUGUGAAGAACACACAUUGGAGAAACAUUUGAGAGAGUCCACAGAAGAAAUUGUAGAACAAUUAUCUCCUCAGGAGAGAGACUUUGUAUCAGAAUUGAUUAUCUUUAAGAAAUCACCAUCAAAUGAGAAAGAUCAAGAGUAUAAUAAGAAUGAGAGAAACUGUAGUCCCAGUCCAAAUUUGGUUACACAUCAGGGAGAAACUACAAUAGAAGGAUUUAGUAUAUUUACUACCUCUGGUCAAAAUGUCAUAGAGAAUUCAGAACCUAACAAAACACAGAGAACUUUGGGAGAAAAGCCUCAUACAUGUAAAGAGUGUGGGAAAGCCUUUAAUCAGAACUCCCAUCUUAUACAGCAUAUGAGAGUUCACAGUGGAGAAAAACCUUUUGAAUGCAAAGAAUGUGGGAAGACAUUUGGAACAAACUCAAGCCUUCGAAGGCACCUGAGAAUUCAUGCUGGAGAGAAACCCUUUGCUUGUAAUGAAUGUGGAAAGGCCUUUAUUCAAAGUUCACAUCUCAUCCAUCAUCAUAGAAUUCAUACUGGAGAAAGACCAUAUAAAUGUGAAGAAUGCGGUAAAGCCUUUAGUCAGAAUUCAGCCCUUAUUUUACAUGAGAGAAUCCACACUGGAGAGAAACCUUAUGAAUGUAAUGAAUGUGGGAAGACCUUUAGGGUUAGCUCACAGCUUAUUCAGCAUCAGAGAAUUCAUACUGAAGAAAGAUACCAUGAAUGCAGUGAGUGUGGCAAAGCCUUCAAGCACAGCUCAGGCCUUAUAAGACAUCAGAAAAUUCAUACUGGAGAGAAACCAUAUCUGUGUAAUGAAUGUGGGAAAGGGUUUGGUCAGAGUUCUGAACUUAUCCGGCAUCAAAGGAUUCAUACAGGGGACAAACCUUAUGAAUGUAAUGAAUGUGGGAAAACUUUUGGGCAGAACUCAGAAAUUAUUAGACAUAUUAGAAUCCAUACUGGAGAGAAGCCCUAUGCAUGUAAGGAAUGUGGGAAGGCCUUCAGGGGCAACUCAGAACUUCUUAGACAUCAAAGAAUUCAUACUGGAGAAAAACCCUAUGAAUGUUUUGAAUGUGGAAAGGCUUUCAGACGGACCUCUCACCUUAUUGUCCAUCAGAGAAUUCAUACUGGAGAGAAACCCCAUCAGUGUAAUGAAUGUGCAAGAACCUUUUGGAAUAACUCUGAACUGCUUCUCCAUCAGAAAAUUCACAUUGGGGAGAAGCCUUAUGAAUGUGAUGAAUGUGACAAAACAUUCAGUCAGCAUUCCCAGCUUAUCAUACAUCAGAGAAUUCACACUGGAGAGAAGCCCUAUGAAUGUCAAGAAUGUCAGAAGACAUUUAGUCGGAGCUCUCACCUCCUCCGACAUCAGAGUGUUCAUUGUUUGGAAUGAUCUUCAAAAUAGGAAAACUUUCUGUGAAAAUGCUUUAAAUGUAAUAAUUUGUUCAUAGUGCCCACCCCAGGUUCUCAGAACAAAUGAGUAGACAGACUAACUUAUCUUUAGAUUUUAAUUUAAACAAUUGGUUGAAAAGCAUGAUGCAC